UUAAAUUUUUUUUAUUCCAUUUUUUUUUUUUUUUUACCUUUUAUUUUUUCUUUUUAAAACGAAAUAUUAAUCAUUAUUAAUUUCGUUAAUUUAUAAAAAAUAAAAAAAUAAAAUAAAAUGGCAAAAAAGAAAGUUAUCGUAGCGGAACUCUCAGUAAUCGAGUUCCUUGAAAGUAAAUUUAAUUCUUUUAAUAUUAAGAGAUAUAAAUUUGAAGAACUCGAAAAUGUUCGUAAUAUAGAGUCGAAAAAUUUCGGAAACGUUCAAAUUGCGACAUUAAAAGAAAACAAGGUUUCCGUUAUGUUAAAACCGAUUCCUACUGAUGAUAUUCACGAAAGUGUUAACGAGAUUAAAUUAAUGUGGGAGGCUGGUACUCAUAAAUCCAUAUUAAAAUUCUAUGGUAUCACUAAAGAUCAAACGAAAGAUGAUUAUUUUCUUGUAUUGGAAUACGUUGAAUGUAAUACCUUUUCGGAUCAUUUGCAAGAUUUAUAUGAUUAUUUGGAUUGGAACAUAAAAGCUGGCCUUGCGCUUGAAAUUGCGAAAGGUUUAAAAUUUUUGCACGAAAAUAAUAUCGCCCACAAGAAUUUGACAGCAGAAAGUAUAUUGUAUCCUAAUAAUACCAUUAAAUUGGCCAAUUUCGGAAUACUUAAAAAUAACGUCCCUCAAAAACGUGCCUUAAAAGAGAAGUUCACGUUUUGGAAAAAAGAUAAAGAACAAGAUCAUCCAAAAGAAUAUGAUAUCUUAUCGUUUGGAAUUAUUUUGUUUCAACUUACUCAACAUGUUGAUUAUUAUAUUAAUAGCAAUUGGGAAACAUACUUGAAAUCAAUUCCAUUGGAACAUCGUGAAAUUAAAAUGGACAAUAUACCUAUAGAUUAUAAAAAACAAUACAAGGAACUUUGUAAAUCUUGUUGGAGUAAGAAUAUAAAAGAACGACCUAGUAUCCAUCAAAUAGUAAAUUCUUUGCAAGAACUUGGUGGAAAUGAUAAAAAUGAUUUCGUUUAUAAUGCUUCCCAACCUGGUUCUGAAACUAUAAAUGAUACGUCAAUAAAAACGACUUCAACACCUUCAAAACCUUUAACGUCUUCAACGACUUCAACACCUUCAAUACCUUCAACGUCUUCAACACAACCAACUUCGUACACUGCACCUCACAAACCAGUUACAUCAAGCCAACUUUAUACUUCCCCUAAUAUUCCUACUAUCCCCAAUAUUCCUACUACCAACACGACUACAACUACUUAUACAAAUUCUCGAAGUUCCCCCUACACUUCUACUACUAGAACUAAUACAACUAAUACACCUCCUACUACUACAAUUCCUACAAAUCCUUUGGUUCCUCCUACAAAUCCUUUCUUAAAUAAUUCUGGAACGGCAAAUUCGGCGAUUUCACCUUUGACAAUAGACUUUAUUUUAUCACCUCAACAAAUUACAUCACUUAUUCUUGGAUUGACAACACCACCACCACAAAAUACAGCUCCAGUUACUCAAGAAUAUGUUACAAAAAUGUACAAAACAUUUCAUGAUAAAGUAGCAAAAUGCGAGAUGGAUAUAUCAAAACUUAAUGAUUUAUAUAUAAUACAAUAUUUAAACAAGACAGUUCAAAAUGAAAAUAAAGUUUUUGACUUUUGUAAUGCGAAUCAAUCUUUAAUGAUCAAUAAGGUACUAUUAGGAUUAUUUCAUCAACUUGCUAUUGGAACAACUACAGUUAGUUUACCAAAAGCGUAUGAAUUGUACAAAGAAGCAUCCAAAAAAAAUUCGUUCGCGGCUUAUAUAGCUGGUACAUACGCUCAAUAUGGUCAAGGAGUUCCAAAAAAUGCGACUGAAGCUUAUAAUUUUUAUAAAUCAUCUGCGGAAAGUGGAUUUGUACCAGCAUAUAAUAAAAUAGGAUUAUGUUAUGAUAUGGGAACCGGUGUAGCAGUCGAUAAGCAAAAAGCUUUCUAUUGGAUUGAAAAAUCUGCUAAAGCGGAUGAUAAAUAUGGACAAUAUAAUUUAGGAGCGUAUUAUGAAACCGGAAAUGGUUGCGCAAAAGAUGAAAGUAAAGGGUUUACCUGGUAUUUAAAAGCUGGAGAUCAAGGAUUCGUAACAGCGUUAAAUAAAGUAGGUUUAUGUUACUUACAAGGAAAGGGUACUACUGUUGAUUAUUAUAGAUCAUAUGAAUGGUUUAAAAAAGCGGCUAUAGCAGGUUGUAAAUAUGGACAAACUAAUUUAGGAAGUGCUUACGAAUUAGGUAGAGGUAUUGAAAAAAAUGAAGUAGAAGCUUUUAAUUGGUUUUUAAAAGCUGCUAAUAAUGAAAAUUAUGACCUAGGUCAAUAUUAUCUUGCAAGAUGUUAUGAAUUUGGUAUUGGAACUACUAUAGAUAGGUUAAAAGCUUUAGAAUGGUAUCAAAAAAGUGCUGAUAAUGGAAAUAGUUUAGCUUUAUUAGCUUUAGCAGAUAUUAGAAGUACAAUUCAAGCACAACCACUUUUAUAUUAUUUAUAUUAGUGAUAAUUUGAUAGUGACAAUAUAUAAUUAUAUAUAUCAUAUUUAUAUUGACAUUAAAUAAAUCAAUUAUUAAUAAAUUAUUGAUUUAUCAUUAACAAAAUUUUUCUUUUUUACUUAAUAUUUAUUUUUCUUACGAAUUUAUAUAUUUACGCUUACGAAAAAGAACGUGAAAAUCUCAGGUUUUUGAGAUGCGCAAUGGUAAUACCCAAUGUAUUAAAUAAUGUUUUGUAUCAACAGAUGACAAAACUUCAUUUUGAUAUGCUUUACAAAUUUAAGGGUUUUUAUUCUAUGUAUUUUGUUCUAUAUAGUAUAAAAUAAUAAAGAUAUCAAUUAUUUUUUAUAUCGUAAAAA